UUUGUUGGUUGAUUUUCUCCACCAUUGUGUCCGUGUUGACGGGAUUGUGAGAGUGAGGUUGGUGUGUUGAUGGUAGAGAGAGGGAAGAAUCAAAUUGCUGCUCCUCUAAUCUCUCAAAGUGACAGAGCGGAGCCGUUCAGCAUUUGCUUCAGCUGUAUUAAAAAUAAAAAAAAGAGGACGGGCCGGUCCACCUUUCUUCACAGACGCCUGCAUGAUAAUCCCAAUCUGAGGCCAUUAGUGCGCUGAGAGAGUGAGCAAGGGUUCACCAGAGAGAGGCAGACCCGGCGAGGAGGGAGGGAGGGGACAGAUGAGAAGGAGCCACAGAGAGGGAGAGCUUUUAAGGGAUUUGGCAGUGAUUUGUGGAAUCUCACUGCUGUAAUGUUGCACUUCUCCCUGGCUCUGCCACAAAACCCAGACAGCCGAAAGCCCUUUCUUUGCAUUUGAUCUUUAGAUUUUUUUAUUUUAAUUUUUACUCAAACCGUCAUUUGUACGGAGUUCAGCUUAUUUCCGAUGCUGAACAGGAGACUCUUUGGGAUGACUGAAGAUUUACUUCAGGAGCUGGACUUCAAAUAAAUGCAGACAUUUAGGACAAUAGUUGGAGGAGCUCCUGUGACGAGGGGGUGAAAACCAGAGCGAUCCAUGAAGAAUGGGCAGGUGUCAAAGGUAGAGGCAGCGGCCUGGAGAUGUCAGAACCUCUGCUGGACAGCAUCAUGUCACCAGAGGCGCCUUCUCGCCCUUUAUCCCUCUGGAUCGGUGUCUCAUUGAUAUACCAGACAUGGCUUCAGCUGUUCUGGGUUCUGUCAGUGGGCAUCGGUUCUGUCUCCGAAGCCCAACAGGGCACCCAGCCUCAAUCCAUCAAAAUCGAAGGGGACAUCACCCUGGGAGGGCUCUUCCCCAUGCACUCUCGAGGGCCUGUGGGGGUUCCCUGCGGUGAGAUCAAGAGAGAGAAGGGGAUCCACAGACUGGAGGCCAUGCUGUACGCCCUGGACCAGAUCAACAGUGACCCCGACCUGCUGCCCAACAUCACUCUUGGGGCCAGGAUCCUGGACACCUGCUCCAGGGACACCUACGCCCUGGAGCAGUCUCUCACCUUUGUCCAAGCCCUGAUUCAGAAGGACAACUCCGACGUGCGCUGCUCAAACGGAGAGCCUCCCAUCAUCCCCAAACCCGAGAGGGUGGUCGGAGUGAUCGGGGCGUCAGGGAGCUCCGUAUCCAUCAUGGUCGCCAACGUUCUCCGGCUCUUUGCGAUCCCCCAGAUCAGCUACGCCUCGACGGCCCCGGAGCUGAGCGACAACAGCCGCUACGAGUUCUUCUCCAGAGUGGUCCCUCCCGACUCCUACCAGGCCCAGGCCAUGGUGGACAUCGUCAAAGCCAUGGGCUGGAACUAUGUGUCCACUUUGGCCUCGGAGGGCAACUAUGGAGAGAGCGGCGUGGACGCCUUUCUGCAGAUCUCCAGAGAAGCAGGGGGACUGUGCAUUGCCCAGUCUAUAAGGAUCCCCAGAGAACCCAGACCAGGAGAGUUUGAGAAGGUCAUCAAGAGACUCAUGGAGACUUCCAACGCUCGCGGGGUCAUCAUCUUUGCCAACGAGGAUGACAUCAAGCGGGUGUUGCAAGCUGCAAAAAAAGCCAACCUGACGGGACACUUCCUCUUUGUGGGAUCUGACAGCUGGGGGGCCAAAAGCUCCCCCAUAGAAAACCAGGAGGAGGUAGCCGAGGGAGCUGUCACCAUUCUGCCCAAAAGAGCCUCUAUUGACGGAUUCGACCAGUACUUCACUUCCAGAUCAUUGGAAAACAACAGGAGAAACAUCUGGUUUGCUGAAUUCUGGGAGGAUGACUUUAAGUGCAAGCUAACACGGCCUGGCAUAAAGUAUGACCCCGGCAGGAGAAAGUGUACAGGUGAGGAAAGAAUCAGUCGGGAUUCUCAGUAUGAACAGGAAGGAAAAGUGCAGUUUGUGAUCGACGCGGUGUACGCCAUGGCCCACGCCUUGCACAACAUGCACCUGGACCUCUGUCCCAGCUCUACAGGCGUCUGCGAAAAGAUGGACCCCGUGGAAGGGCGCAUGCUCCUCCAGUACAUUCGCUCUGUAAACUUCAACGGCAGCGCAGGAACUGGAGUGAUGUUUAACGAGAACGGAGAUGCUCCUGGUCGCUAUGACAUCUUCCAGUACCAAAUGUCCAAUAUCAGCAACCCUGGAUACAAAGUCAUCGGCCAGUGGACAAACCAUCUUCGACUCAACGUGGAAGAAAUGCAGUGGUCAGGAGGUGAACGCAGGAUCCCGGAGUCGGUGUGCAGCUUCCCGUGUGAGCCCGGGGAGAGGAAGAAGAUGGUGAAGGGGGUCCCCUGCUGCUGGCAUUGUGAGCUCUGUGAUGGCUACCAGUACCAACUGGAUGAGUUCACGUGUGACAUGUGCCCGUUUGACAUGAGACCCCUGAAGAACCGCACAGGAUGCAGGCCGACUCCCAUCAUCAAGCUGGAGUGGAGUUCUCCAUGGGCCAUCAUCCCCGUCUUCUUAGCCAUCCUGGGAAUCCUCGCAACAUCUGGAGUCAUCGGCACCUUCAUCCGCUUCAACGACACCCCCAUCGUUCGGGCCUCCGGGAGAGAGCUCAGCUAUGUGCUGCUGACGGGCAUCUUCCUCAUCUACCUCAUCACCUUCCUCAUGAUUGCAGAGCCCUGCGUAGUGGUGUGCGCCUUCCGCAGGCUGCUGUUGGGGCUCGGCAUGUGCAUCAGCUACGCUGCCAUGCUCACCAAGACGAACCGGAUCUACCGCAUCUUUGAACAGGGAAAGAAGUCAGUCACACCGCCCAAGUUCAUCAGCCCCACCUCUCAGCUGAUCAUCACCUUCAUACUCAUCUCAGUUCAGGUCCUGGGGGUGUUCGUCUGGUUCGGUGUGGUCCCUCCUCACACCAUCAUCGACUACGAGGAGCUGAAACCUCCAAACCCAGAGUUUGCCCGCGGAAUCCUCAAGUGCGACAUGUCCGACCUGUCCCUCAUACUGUGUCUGAGCUACAGCAUCGUGCUGAUGAUCACCUGCACUGUGUACGCCAUAAAGAGCAGAGGAGUUCCUGAGACCUUUAAUGAGGCCAAGCCCAUCGGCUUCACCAUGUACACCACCUGCAUCAUCUGGCUGGCCUUUGUGCCCAUCUUCUUUGGAACUUCACAGUCCACCGAGAAGAUGUUCAUCCAGACCACCACCCUGACGGUGUCCAUGAGCUUGAGCGCCACCGUGUCCCUGGGCAUGCUUUACAUCCCCAAGGUGUACGUGAUCAUCUUCCACCCAGAGCAGAACGUCCAGAAGAGGAAACGCAGCUUCAAGGCGGUGGUCACGGCGGCCACCGUGUCCACGCGCCUCUCCCAGAAGUCCAACGACAAACAGAACGGAGAGUCCAAGAUGGAGCCGGACAGGUCUCAGUGAUCCAUCAGGACAUGAAUCCAACUCUCUGUAUUUACCUGAUGAGUUUAUCGACUCUUAAACGGACUAAAACAUCAGCCAAGAUGCUGAUGGACGAGCUUUUUCUUCACUCUACAGAAUGCACACAUGAAGCUGACUGAGGAGCCAAACGGGCUGGAACUGAACAGCCUCGGUGCUGAGGACAAAAUUCUGUUCACCAGCAUAAAACCCCACUGCAUGGAUUCUGUGUUUUAUGUAACCACGAAUGUGUUCAAGUAUUGUUUCUACGGGGUGUUGUGACUUGCACAGGAAAGUAGCUGCUCUUCAAACACAAAGUUCAACAGGAGGCAAUAGCAAACCCCAGUCACUUGUCACUAAUGUGGAAAACAAUGUUUGGCAUUUCCCCUUAUUGUAUGUCGAAGUGAGGAACGAGGGUCAGUUUGUACGGCAACACGCCAAACAUCAGGCUGCUUUUGUGUUCAUGCAUGGGAACUUUUUUUAUUUUGUGCCAUUCUUGUUUUGGAAAUAUUAAAAGACACUGAGAACCUAGAAGAAGAAACAGCCCCAAACUGCCAGCCUAUU